GCCAUUAUUCUCCGGAGGCGAUCGCUGCUCCUUACUGGGGCCUUAGAGAACUCUAUGGUUUUCUCCCAGCUGUUGGUGACACUUCGAGUCCCCGUAGCCGAUCGGACCUUCGGUUUGAACUUCUCGACCCUUUGGCGGGGACUUCCAAGACUUCCGCUACCCCUGCUCAGUUGGAGGCCUGCUCCAAGAGUCCCAUACCAGCAAGAGAGUAGCUUGUUGAUGCCAGUGCCCUGUUGUUUAGGCAAAUUCAUUGUCAUUCUCACAGGAUGGCAGCUGUUGAUCUCUCUCCCGCAUGUGCUGUAUCCACCCAGGACCUUGCCCAUAUCCAGGAGUCAGAAAUUCCUCUUGCUUUGAAAGACUAUUCUUGUCACCAAGAUGUGGACCUGCUGGCUUAUAAUGGCCUGGAGCUUCAUAUGCCAACUAAUGUUGGUUCCCAGGACUCAGUGACUUUCCAGGAUGUUGCAGUGGACUUUACUGAGAAGGAGUGGCCCUUGCUGGAUUCUUCUCAGAGAAAACUAUACAAAGAUGUGAUGCUGGAGAACUACAGCAACCUUGCCUCAGUCGGGUGUCAGGUGGGGAAACCCAGCCUCAUCUCCCACUUGGAGCAAGAGGAGGAGCUGAGAACAGAAGAGAGGGGUCUUCUCCAAGGCACAUGUCCCGGUUGGGAGAUUCCAUCUAAAAGCAGAUGGUCCAUUCUCAUGCAAGAUAUCUUUUUUGGGAAGGAAACAUCUAGUGGUUUGACAAUGGAAGGAACUCAUCUUGGAGAGAAAUCCACUGAAUAUGCCCUGUUUGAAGUCUUCAGCAUGGGUGCUCAUCUUACUCAGCAAAUGGGAAGGCACACUGGCAAGAGGCCCUAUCACCGCCGGAACUGUGGGGUAGUUUUCAAGAAUAGACCCCACCUAACUCAACAUGUGAGCAUUUACAAUGGGAGAAAAAUGCAUGAAUGUCAUCAGUGCCAAAAAGCCUUCACCACAAGUGCUUCCCUCACACGGCACAGGAGAAUUCACACUGGGGAGAAACCCUAUGAGUGCAAUGCCUGUGGGAAAGCUUUCAAUGACCCCUCAGCACUUAGGAGUCAUGCAAGAACUCACCUCACAGAGAAGCCCUUUGACUGUAGUCAGUGUGGAAAUGCAUUCCGAACCCUCUCCUCCCUGAAGAUACACAUGCGAGUUCACACUGGGGAGAGACCUUACAAGUGUGAUGAGUGUGGGAAGGCGUAUGGCAGAAGCUGCCACCUCAUUGCUCACAAAAGAACCCACACUGGAGAGAGACCCUAUGAAUGUCAAGACUGUGGGAAAGCUUUCCAGCACCCUUCACAUCUCAAAGAGCAUGUCAGGAAUCACACUGGGGAGAAACCCUAUGAAUGCUCCCUGUGUGGAAAAGCCUUUCGAUGGAAGUCUAAUUUUAAUUUGCACAAGAAGAACCACAUGGUUGAGAAAACAUAUGAGUGUAAAGAAUGUGGGAAAUCCUUUGGUGAUCUUUUAUCACGGAGAAAACACAUGAGAAUUCAUAUUGUAAAGAAACCCAUUGAAUGUAGGCAGUGUGGGAAAACAUUCAGAAACCAGUCCAUCCUUAAGACACACAUGAAUUCUCACACUGGAGAGAAGCCAUAUGGGUGCGACCUAUGUGGGAAAGCCUUCAGUGCGAGCUCAAACCUGACCGCACACAGGAAGAUACACACCCAGGAGAGACGCUACGAGUGUGCUGCCUGUGGGAAAGUCUUUGGUGAUUACUUAUCCCGCAGGAGGCACAUGAGCAUUCAUCUAGUAAAGAAGCGUGUCGAAUGCAGGCAGUGUGGGAAAGCCUUCAGAAACCAGUCAACUCUUAAAACACACAUGAGGAGCCACACGGGAGAAAAGCCGUACGAGUGUGAUCACUGUGGGAAGGCCUUCAGCAUAGGCUCAAACCUUAAUGUGCACAGGAGAAUACACACUGGGGAGAAGCCUUACGAGUGCCUGGCCUGUGGGAAAGCCUUCAGUGAUCAUUCAUCUCUUCGGAGUCAUGUGAAAACCCACCGGGGAGAGAAGCUCUUGGUGUCGUCAGUGUGGAAAAGGCUCCAAUGACACACCUUUAAGAAACAUGGGAGUUUAGACUGGAAGGAAAUCUUGCGAGUGUAAGGAAGGCAGGAAAGCCUUACUGAACUCAUCUUACUGGAUAAAGGAAUACAUGAAACCUCGCAGAAAUAGUUUGUGUAAUGACUGGAAAGACCUGAGUUUUUUUCUCAUCACUUUGGAGAUCUGUGAGAAUUCCUGCUGAGGGAGAAAGGGUGUAUCUGUGGUGUGGAGAAGCCAUCAGUGUACAUCGAAUGCUUAACAAACAUGACAAGGAGCGAAACUCUAGCCAGGUGUUUAAAGUUAAAAUGACUACAGUACCACCUGGCACCUUCUGACACAUGAGUAAGCACACGAGGGAGAAUCUGUAAAGUCAUCAAAUUGGCAAACAAUUCCUGAUCUCAUUGUAUUCCUCAUGAGAGAAGUAACACAAAAGAGAAACAUCUAUAAAAUAAUAAACAUGGGAAAGUCAGUAACGGGUCAGCAAGCUACAGCCAGCUGUCUAUGUAUGUACAGUUCUCAAGAAUAGGUUACAUUUGUAAGGAAAAAUAUGAGACAAAGAUUAUAUGUGGCCCACAGAGUCUAAAAUACUUGCUGUGUAGCCCGUUACAGAAGUGCCAGCACCCAUGGCACAGCAGUGGUUCUCAACAGGGGCUAGUUUUGCUCCCCGGGAGGCAUUUUGCAGUUUCUGGAGACAAUUUUGGGUUUUAAAAUUGGGGAAAGUGUUACUGAUGAGGUUGGAAGACAUCAAGGAUGCUGCUAAACGUCCUGCGGUGCAGAGGAAGGAGCCUCCCAGACUUAUGUGUCCCAAAUGUCGAUAUUGCUGAGGCUGAGAAACCUUGAGGCUGAGCCCCUCAAUUUUUAUGAAAUUUGAGUAUUUACAGUAGAAUAUUUAAAAUUUCAAAAAUACAAUCCCUUUGUGGAGAUGAUUUCAGCCACAGCUUCCCACUUGAGCUUAUGAGAAUUCAUUCAUACCCCAAUUGAAUUUUUCUAGUGAACAGGAGAUUGCAUUUGUCUUUCAUCAUGAAUACAGACUGUAGCUCAUAAAUUUUUAAUGUUUGUUUUUUUAAAGAUUAUGCUCUAAAUUUCCCUUAUACCGUAUCACAAAAGAUUUGUAUGUAGUAAUUUUAUAAUUUCAUUCUUAAUAAUGUGUUAAUUUUCUUCUGGAUGACUUACUUGACCAGUAGACUCUAUAAAAUCUUAAGUACUGUGUAAUGUGGGUAUUUUAGAAAAAUGCCUUUUUGUUAUAGUUUUCCAAAUUGAAUGCAUUGUGAUCAGAGUAUGAUGUAUUUAUCAUGUGUGUCCUUUGGGAUGUUCCAACCAAUGUGGCAUAUACUUGUAGUUGCUUCCCCAGUAUCUCAGCUUCUAUAUCAAGAAAACCCAAUUUUUGUCAGAUUAGUAAGGUGUACUGUUUUAAAAAUCUCUUAAAACAUUUUCUCACAUCUAGUACUGUCCAUGUUCCACAACCUGGCCACUAACAAUUAAGCAGAUGUUACUGUAUGGACUCUAAAAAUACUCUUGAAAAAGAGGCCUUUCCUACCUGAAUUCUCCUCAUGUUUGUUUUGUUUUCUUUUCUCCCUUCUUCCCACCUUGCAAGGAUAUCCAGUAUCUAGUGUCAAGAGGUACAUUUUGUGACCAUAAGGAUACAAUGCAGAUUAGGGAGGAUCCUGUAGCAAAUUCACAAAUGAGUCUGGCCUUCUCUGUGGCUUCUUUGAGUGUCUCUAGCAAUCCUGGAUUUGUUAUUUCCAGAGUUCCUAUUACAUAAAAAAAUAAAUAAAUAAAUAAAACUGGUAAUUGGUUUAA